AUGCUGCGAGAAACCUAUUCGGCCUCACUUCAUUGCGCCAGAGUUGACCAAGAGAUGUCCGUUGCUCCUGAAAUCAUCGCCAAGAUCGAGGAGGGCUAUGCCAAACUUCAGGCUAGCCCGGAAUGCCACUCGUUGUUGAAGAAAUACCUCACCAAGGAGGUCGUCGACCAGCUUAAGGACAAGAAGACCAAACUUGGAGCAACUCUCCUCGAUGUCAUCCAAUCCGGAGUUGCCAACUUGGACUCAGGAGUCGGAGUUUACGCUCCAGAUGCUGAGGCUUACACCCUCUUCAAGCCACUCUUCGACCCACUCAUCCAGGACUACCACAACGGAUUCGCUCCAAGUGCCAAGCAGCCAAACACUGAUCUUGGAGAGGGAAAGACUGCCGCUUUGGUCGAUCUUGACCCAGAGGGAAAGUUCAUCAACUCGACGAGAAUCCGCUGUGGACGCUCUUUGGCUGGUUAUCCAUUCAACCCAUGCCUUACUGAGGCCAACUACCUCGAGAUGGAAGGCAAGGUCAAGAAGAUCUUCGAAGCCCUCAACGACCCAGAAUUGGCCGGAAAGUACUAUCCAUUGGACGGAAUGACCAAGGAAGACCAGAACCAGCUCAUCAAGGAUCACUUCUUGUUCAAGGAGGGAGACAGAUUCCUCCAGGCUGCCAACGCCUGCCGCUACUGGCCAAAGGGACGUGGAAUCUUCCACAACAACCAGAAGACCUUCUUGGUCUGGGUUAACGAGGAGGACCAUCUCCGCAUCAUCUCCAUGCAAGAGGGAGGAAACGUCGGACAGGUUCUUGAGCGUCUCAUCAAGGGAGUCAAGACCAUUGAGAAGCAGGCUCCAUUCUCGCGCGACGAUCGCCUUGGAUGGCUCACCUUCUGCCCAUCGAACUUGGGAACCACCGUUCGCGCUUCGGUUCACAUUCGCCUUCCAAAGAUCUCCGCCAAGCCGGACUUCAAGUCGAUCUGCGAUGGAUUGAAGCUCCAGAUUCGCGGAAUUCACGGAGAGCACUCCGAUUCCGAGGGUGGCGUCUACGACAUCUCGAACAAGGCACGUCUCGGACUCACCGAGUAUGAAGCUGUCAAGCAAAUGUACGAUGGAGUCAAGCACCUCAUCGAGCUCGAGAAGGCUGCGCAAUAA